UGGGAAGAGAAUUUGCCACCUCCCACUUCCUCUGUUCCUGUUUAUAUUUCUCCCUAUUCAAUUGUAGUUAUUGAUAGAGCUUUGAGUAGAGUGAUGAAUGAAAGGCAGUGUGAUUUGUUAUAGUUUACCAGUAUUAUUAGUCUUUUAGCGGCAACAUCACUCCACAAUCGUACAGACAGUAGUCGAUUGGAAUCUACUACCAGGGUUUGCGUCUUAGAUCUUAAAAGGGCAACAGAAUCAUGGCGGGUGGGACCCCUUAGAAUUUACAAGACUGAGUCAACUAAACAUAACGAGGCUGAUGGAGCAGAUGAAUGACCCUUUGACCGUGGUGUCGGAGUCUACUCCAGACACCAUCAGACAGCAGAGGCGCAGGGAGCUGGAUGCUCGGCGGAGUAAGUCUCGUGUGCGUCUGGGGUCAUGCCUGCAGAGCUGGGAUCAGCUGAAAAACCACCUGGGAUUCUCUCUGCACUCUGAGCUCGCCAACUACCUACUGCAGAGCUAUUUUUCUAAAGUGUGUGCCAAAUGCUCAGACAAAAUGAAAGGGGAUUCGACUGCCUUGGUGACAUCAAGAGAAUCUCUGCAUCGCCUCGUCCUAUUGGUCCACACCCACGGGCAACAGUGCCCCUUCCCACCAACCCUCCAAUCUGACACUGCCAGAGAGAAGCAGGCAGCUGACACAGAGGGGAGCCAGUCAAAGGGAGAGGCAGUGAAGCAGAGAACAGGCCCAAAGCACUUACCACCUCAGACAGGUGCGAAGGACUGUAGCUCUCCAGAGGAGGGCCUCUCCCCAUGUGCUCGAGGGAAGGAAAUGAGAGAACCCUCGGAUGUGUUAGAGGCAGAACUGUGUCUGCACUAUGUCUGUGAGGGAGGGCAUCUGCUUUCAUGGCAACCUAGUCAGAGUGGGUGUGAUGAAGAGAGGGGGGCAGUAGAAAGGGAAGGAGAGAUUGUGGAGGGGGAUAUUACCCCUGCAGGUCCAACUAUGUCCAAAGGGAGGGGAGGAGCAAAGGAGCCCAAGAAGGAGAGUGUCACAGGGAGGGGUCGUCUUACUGUGAGGAGGACUAGGGCUCGUGGUGGAGCAAGGUCUGUGGUGACCCAAGAGGAGGCACAGCAGCCAGGAGAGGAGACGAUGGACCUGGCAACCCUAAACUCUGGAGAGAGCAACUCAAGAGGAAGUGAGAAUGCACAGGAAGGGUCAGUGGCAGGAAGUGACACAAUGCCAGCAGAGUCCUUGCAGUCAUUGGAGGAUUGUUUUCAUAGGCGGCUGCCUAUGGAAUGUAAUGAUCAUGACGAUGAUAAGGAGCCAGACAACCCAGACAACGUCAUUGGAGAGAAGGAUGUCCCUUCACCCGGCAGACCGGAGCCAGCCGACAAUGUUUCUCAGAUUGUCAGCAAAAAGAAAAGAAAAACAACACCCAAAGCAAUCUUGCCUUGUGAGUUUGAUGGCUGUGGGAAGAUCUUCUCCUCUCGGCAGUACCUCAAUCAUCAUAUGAAGUACCAGCACUUCCACCAGAGGACGUUCAUCUGCUCUCACACUCCCUGUGGGAAGUCCUUCAACUUCAAGAAGCACCUGAAAGAGCAUGAGAAGCUGCACAGCAACCAGAGGGACUUCAUCUGUGAGUUCUGUGCCCGGGCUUUCCGCACCAACAGUCACCUUCUCAUCCACCGCCGCAUCCACACCGGAGAGAAACCGAUACAGUGUGAGGUAUGUGGCUUCACCUGCCGCCAGAAGGCCUCACUCAACUGGCACAUGAAGAAGCACAACGCUGAGAGCAGUUACCAGCAGUGAUGCCAACUUAGCAAUUUUGUUGGUAGAUUUAGCAACUUUUCAGACUACCCUGGCAACUUUUUUUUCAAACAGCACCUAGCAACAAAUGUAGCUACUUUUAAAAAUGUAUUUGGAACUUUUAGAAACUUUAGAAAAGUAACUCAAACGCUAAAAUGCACACAUUUUCCUUCUAAAUGACACAAAAACGAUUUUCUCUGUCACACACUCAGUCACAACACACGUACCUGGCUGCAAAAGUGCAUUAUGAGUGACGUCAGCAGCAGGUGCUCAGCUCGUGCACAGCCAGCAGCAAUUUCAGCAAAUUGCAAAUCAUUGUUGGCUGACUGCAGCAGCAGUAGUAUGCGUUCGACGAGACAAACCCAAUGAAUAUAGUUGGUCACAAAUGUUUGAUCUUGAACAGAACUUACAACAUCAAUCAACAUGUCUCAAUCAAAAUUGUACAGCCAGAAGUACAGAAAAGAGUGGGAGUCUGUACCUGAAUUUAAAGGUUGGUUGAAGCCAGUAAUUGGGGAUGAUUGUCUGGCAUACUGUGCGUACUGCAAAUCAGAUAUGCCUGCAAAAAUGUAUGACAUCAAAAAACAGUGUUACAGCAAAGCAUAUAAAUAAAUCAAAACCGUACAACCCCACAACGCAGUCUACAUUACCACAGUUGGUUAAAAAAGUGGAUAACUGCAAAAGCGCAGAAGCUACUAUGGCAAUGGCCACUGCCGAGCAUUGUUCGCUGCUAGCAUGUGACCAUUUAGGUAUGGCUUGCAAAGCUGCCUUUUCAGAUUCUGUGAUACCUGUUACCAGCAUCAACUACCAAGUGAAGUUCUGCAGCAGUUUGGCACCACAGCAGCAUACAGCUUUAAGGCCACUCCAUCCUCUACUGCUGGUUCCAGCUCUGUGACAAUGCAGUUGGACAGUGAAGAUGAAGAGGAUUUCCGCACAGCUGAUGGUGGCAGUGUGUACUGCAGUGUGUGCGAAAACAGUGGCAAUAUCUGGAGGAAACCAUUGAGCAGCUAGCCAGCCAAGCAGCACAACAACCUGGAGAGAGCUGGAGAGAGAUGCCUAGCGCAUACAUCAUUAUUUGAGUUAAGUUGCUUUUUCAAUAAGAUAGCAUAUAUACCUUGUUAUUAGCUUGUACCUUGAAUUGUUGAUCAGUUAGCUAGCAUGUUAACUAACUACCAAUACACUGCUUGAAACUAUAAUUGUUCAGAAUGUGUAGGUUUACUAGUUAAAAAGAAAAUAAAUAAAAUGUAAUAAAAUUGUUCAAUAAUGUGUAAUUGUUCAAUAAUUCAAUGUGUUGUGUUUAAAAAUAAAAAUGUGAUCAUAUAAAAUGUGUUUAUUACUUUUACAAAUAAAAAUAUAUGAUAAUAAACAAACAAAUCUAAACUAACAAAUGUCAAAUCAUAUUUUUUGCCGAGAUGGCCAGUCAGUUUGAGGAACGUUAUUGUGUAUUCUACGUAAUGACGCAGUUUUACGUUAUUACGUAAUGACGUCAUCACGCAAUGACAUCACAACGUUAUUUAGCAACUUUUAGCAACAAAUCAACCUGCCUCUUGCAACUUCCCCUGAAACUUUGUUGGCAACACUGGUUACCAGUUCCCUUGUGAGGUCUGCGGCCGGCGCUUUGAGAAGAAUUACAACCUGACCGCUCACCACCGCAAAAGCCACCCUGACCCUGACUAGACCUUGAGCCUCACCAUCACCACCAUCCCCAACACUGACUUACCCCACCACACCCCUUCCCUGUCCCUGCAGAACAAUGACCACAGCAACAGACGACUGCUUUAUCAUUGGCGUGACAUGAAACCAUGAUGCUGUGUUUUGCCCCAUGUUUACACCUGUAGAAAGUGUGUAAAUAAUGCCCCCUUUGGUCUUUUGUCACCCAAAUGUCCAGUAGGUCAGUGGCUCCUAUGCAGUCCAUGGACAAUCUUCAUACUGAAUACAAGCAGUCUCCCCUUCGUCCCUAUGUGUGUUUUUGUUACAUGACUCAAUAUUCUUUGGGGUAAGAACGGUAAUGAUUGAGAAGACCACCUUUGGAUGUUUCUUUUGUAUAAAUCUAUUAGUAUGUAGCUUUAUUUAUGAGGAAAGUACAGUAUGUCAAAGGGAAGGAAGGGGGAAAAUAAAAAGUUUGUGUUUUACAUGUUGUUUUAUCACCUUGAAUUAUCAGACAUGU